AUGAAGCUGGGAGGUUUACCAUGUGCUUCAUGUGUAUCGGCUGUCUUUGAUGCCCUACCACAAUUCGCAUCGAUCCGGUGUUUGAAGCCACUUUACGACGAGGUGAACUUCUUUCCAGUUUUGUAA